GGCCCAAUGGCGGCCGGGCGCGCUGAUGGCGGGGCGGGGCCUGCGGCGGCCGGGCCGCGGCGGGGGCGCCGAUUAAAUACAGCCGGGGCAGCGGGGGCGGGAAGGCGAGAUGGCGCUGGUGGCGGGGAGGCGGCGGCAGGACUUGGACAACGGUUCCUUGGAAAUAACGCAGAGUUUGGAAGAUGAUCCUCUACUGGAUGCACCGCUUAACUCAUCCCAUACAUUGCAUUCCCAGCUGAGGCCAAGAUUUCAUGCCAUCCCAGUGGUUCUACUUGCCAAUUUUCUGUUGCUAAUACAUGUUGCUUUUGUUGUUCUAGCAUUUCUAGCAGCUAUGUUUUGUUCCUACCCCAAUCCAAAUCAGGAUAAGUGCCCUGGAAACUAUACUCACCCACUUAAAGUACAGACUGUCAUAAUCACUGCAAAAGUAAUUCUGUGGAUUCUGCAUGUUUUUUUUGAACGAUACAUCCAGCACCACCACAGUAAAGUAAGAAGUAGAGGUUACUUUUCAAUAUAUCGUUCAACAAGACAUCUAAAAAGGCUUCCGCUGCUGAUACACUCCACAGGUAAUGCAGCCCUGCUUUUAAUUCUGUCAAUGCAGCAUUCUUUUCCUGAUCACAGUAAAGCGUACCUGUAUCUUAUCCUGGGAGUCCUGGGCCUGGAGCUGAUUAGCUCCCUGACAUGCUUAGUGAUUUACACAGUGAAAAUAAGCAACUUCAAUCGUGCGAGGCCGAGGCCUGACAUAAUUGAGGAAGAGAAGACGUAUGCCUACCCUAGUCACAUUACCUCAGAAGUUGGGUUCAGGGAAAAUUCAAGUUUGGAAGAGAUAGUUGAGAAGCAAGGAGAUGUAAUAGAGUAUCUUCAGCGACACAAUGCACUGCUCAGCAAGCGGCUAUUGGCACUAACAUCUCAGCAAAUCAAAACUUAACAGCAUUUGGAAUACUGCUGGAACUCUGGAGGGAACACGAGGUAACACAAUACCCAGAGUCAUCGAUCUUUCACAUUUUGAAACAGAAGUUAAACUGGAAGGAUGAGCUCUGCAUGCACUAUAAACCUAUUACAACUGGAUCCUGGCUUUCUUCAGAUCAUCAGUUCUGGAAAAAAGUUUUGGACCUUCAAGGAUUUUUAAUUCCUAAUAGGUUAAAGUUGGACCUGAGGUAAUGGUUUAACUUCUGUUCAGUUGUUACAGCAGUACAAAAUAAUAGCAACCUUUAAGCUUCAAACUACUGAAGUAAUUUGUUUCUCAAGUACAGAUUUGUUCUCUAGAAAAAUCUGACUUUGCAGAGAAGGUCUUUUCAGUUUCCAGUGCUGAAGCUGAGACUAGAUGUGUUCUGUCACUGAGUCCCACCACUUCUAUUGUUAGAGGUGGUGUACUUCAGUAGUCCUAUACAAAGUAGCUAUGUGCUUUCUAAAUCUGUCUCCUUUUCUCCUUUGUCAAGAAAAGGAAUGAAACUUUCCCUGUGCUAGUGGGAAAACCUGGCAUCUGAUUUAGUAUUAAAACAAUAUCAGGUGCCCUAGAACAGCAAAUCUCACAUAUAAGGGUGUGGUACAAAACAAUGUCACAAUAAGGAGUAUAAGCAGUUGUUCAGAAUUUUGGCUUUAAAACCUCUAAGAGGGAUCUUCAGGGCUGAUGACUUUCCCAUUACUAGGAGUCUGGUUCAGCUAAUCAACAAGACUUCUACUCUGACUGAACUAACAAUACAAAAGUACUUAAGAGUAAGCUUGUUCAUUGACCUAAUAACUAACUUGUCUUGAAUGUGUUUCAAGAUCCUGUUAAAGAUGCAUGUUUCUUGCAUCCCUGCUCUUUACUUUGACUCUUCAAACAAUGUCAGCAUCAUGAUUUGAAAGAUGAAGUGUUGUAUGUGGGGAGGUGAAAAGCAGCAGAAGACAAAGGAACUACAAUUUUUGGUUCCAUUUCAUGGAUUUAUUGGGAUGGCUGGUGAAAAAAACCCCUUUCUGUUCUGGGUACUACUUCAUCUAUCAAUGUAGACCAAAAAUUAUUUUAGAAGCCAAUACCUCUGUGGGUACAGGGUAAUCGCUUUCAAAACCAGGAUGAAGGCUGUCAUGAGGAGUGGUCUUCUAGUUGAAUAUAAGAAAAUUAAUCCAUCCUACUUUAGUCCUAGGGCACAACUUGAAAAAUAACUAAACUGUUUAGUGUGAAACAAACACGGGGGUCUUCUCACUUAAAGGAAAACAAGUAUUAGAGGUUUUGCUGCUAUUCAACACUAGACUGUUCUUAACUCAUUCUUGAAAAUGCAGCCAGGAUUUUAUAGUAUACAUGUAAGGAAUACAACAGUUUUUGGUUUUAGAAAUCAAGUUUUGAUGUGACUGUGUAUAUAAAUUUAUAUAAUUUCUAUGAAAAGCAGUAAAAUGUGACUAUGAUGUUCAUGCACAAUAAAUGAAAGUAAGGAAAAGUGUCAA